GCCUGCAGUGCGGGAAUAAAUUGUGGAAACUGGUGUGGGACGAUGGAUGCUUCAAGGCCUUCAGAUGCUGAUAGCAAAGCUGAUCGAGCUCGAGCAUGUUUGCAAGCAGUCUUCAAACACUCAGAUUUCAAGAGCCCAUUGCAGCGAGAUGCUAUCUUGGCAGCGAUUGAAGGAAAGAAAGAUGUGUAUGUCUCCAUGCCAACCGGGUCGGGCAAGUCGCUCUGCUACCAGCUGCCAGCAGUAAUGGCCGAGGGCAAGAUCACCAUUGUUGUUUCCCCUCUGAUCGCCCUCAUCAAAGACCAAAUCGAGCACCUGGAGCGUCUCAAGGUGCGGGCAGAGUCGAUCAACUCCAAGAUGGCCUCGUCGGAGCGUCAGCGGGUGUGGGCGGACUUGCAGGCCGUGGUGCCGGCCACGCGGCUGCUGUACAUCACUCCCGAGCAGGCCGACACGGCUGGCUUCAAGGGCCUGCUCGACCGCCUGGUCCGGUUCAACAAGGUGGCCUACUUCGUGGUGGACGAGGCGCACUGUGUCAGCCAGUGGGGACACGACUUCCGACCGACCUAUCUAAAGCUGGGCGGCCUGCGCGCCUCCUACCGCCAAACGCCCUGGCUCGCUCUCACCGCCACCGCCUCCACCAAAGUAAUGGAAGACAUUUUCAAGCAGCUGUCCCUGAAGAAGCCACUGAGUUUCCGUGCCUCCUGCUUCCGCUCCAAUCUGUUUUACGACAUCCGCUUUAAGGAGUCGCUCGACGACGAGUACGAAGACUUGAAGGACUGGAUCAUUGAGUGCAUGGGACCCGGCUGGGAGGAGCAGCGUAAAAAUGGCCCGUGUGGCAUCGUCUACUGCCGAACUCGAGAGGGCACGGAAGAGCUGGCCGGCCAGCUGACCAGGAAAGGUGUGCCGGCGAGGGCGUACCAUGCCGGUCUCAAGGAUAGAGAUAGGGCUGAGGUGCAGGAGCGCUGGAUGGACGGCAAGAUGCCCGUCAUCACGGCCACCGUCAGCUUCGGCAUGGGCGUCGACAAGGCCACCGUCAGGUUCGUGGCCCACUGGAGCAUGCCACAGUCGGUGGCCGGGUAUUACCAGGAGUCGGGCCGCGCAGGCCGCGACGGCCGGCCCGCCUUCUGUCGUAUCUACUAUUCUAAACGGGAAAGGGAAACGGUGGCCUUUCUUUUAAAGAGGGGAACGGCCCAUAAUAAGAAGGCCAACAAGAAGGAUCUAACUCAAGAAGAUAUGAAGAGCUUCGAGAUCAUGGUUCGGUACUGUGAAGAAGCCAGGUGUCGUCACGCCGUGUUCACGCGCCACUUCGGGGACGACCCUCCGGACUGCGGCAGGCAGUGCGACGUCUGCCGACACCCGAAACUGGUGGAGAAACUGAUCGGAGGCUACUUCAGGGACGUAGCCCGCAAGCAGGACUACAGGACCAAGGCGAUGACGAUCACUGGCGAUGACCCAGAUCAGUACGAGGGGGGACGACGGGGCAGAAAAAGGGAGCUGGAUAUGUACGAGGAGACGGGCGAGCGGAAGCAGGACGAGCGCUCCGGCCUGGAGAGCAUCGUCAGGCGACAGCUGAAGCUUCGUCGCGGCACGGCACCUCCGCCGCAGCUGACAGACAAGCAGGAACGCGAGGAGAAGCGCCGUCAAGAAGAGGCGCUGCAGACGACCCGGCUGCGCGCCGCCGACUGCACGGAGAAGAAGAUUGCCGGCCUUACACUGAAGACCCGGGAGGAAUAUCUCGGUCUGCUGGUGGAUGCUCUAUGGAGGAACCUGAACACGUGCGUGGUCUUGCCGACCCUGACCCAGGACCAGGUCACUGAGGCGGCGGUUCAGCUCGAGUACUCGCUCUUCACCUCCAACCGGGUGGUGACCAUGUACCGGCGUGGCAUGGCCUUUUUGACCAGUGCUGUGAGGAAGAAGACGAGCCUGUGCGAGCUGCACGAGUCCCUGGCCUCCCCGCCGCCGGCGCCGGCCGCACCGCCGGACCGCCGGCCGGCCGACCCGUUCCAGACAGCCGCUCAGCUGCUGGCACGGAGCGGCGGGUCACUGCCGGUGGACGGCGCCAGCAAGCGCCCCCCGCUCGGCACGGACGGAAGCGCCGCACUCGGGGAGCAGGGGGGCGUUGCGAGCGGCGGCGCGCAGGCGGAGGCAGCCGAGGAGAAGCGCGGCCUUAGUACGGCCGCCACCGAAGCCCUGAAGGCGGACGUGUCGAAAAGUGAGGACAGUGGUACGGGGCCGGAAACAAAGGUCGCGUUGUUCAGCUCCGCGAGGUCUGCGCUCCAAGAGCGCCGUGUCAGUACGUCUGGGGCAGCGGACCCAGCGCCGGCUGCGAGCGGCGCCUCCGCCAGCGGAGCACACGUGAAUAGCCAGUCGAGUGACGCCCAAAAGUUGAUAUCAGAUUCCCGUGCAUCCCGGCACAGUCGCACACCUCCCCGCGAGAAGAAGGCUGCCGGUGGAUUCCGACUGAAGCGAGGCACCGACACUCAGAAGACCAUCACCAGCUUUUUUGCUGCGGCGCCGGCCGCGGACGUGGGGACGGCCGAGCGCGCCGACGUCGUGCCUGAGUCAGACGAGGAGCCCCCGAUACAGGUCGAGUCGUCGGGCGAGGACGAGCCGCUGGUGAUCGCCGACUCGGACGACGAGCGGCCGACGGCGGCGGCGUCCGUGACGCCCCUGGCCGCGCCCGUCACUCUGGAACAGGCGGCGACCGUGCAGUGCGGCGAGCCGACCGUCGCCACCAGUCUGCCCCGGGUCUCCCCUCCACCGCCCGAGCCGAGGAGACCGAGCAUGGCUGAGCUCUUCGGCGACGAGGAUGACCCGGCCCCGAAGGCGCCGGCGCGGCCGGUGGACACAAAGCGAGCCAGAGCGCCGUGCGCCUCGCCUGGUCACCGGCGGCCGUCCGGUGCUCGGGCGGCGCGCUCUCCUCGGCCGUCCUCAGGUCACCAUCACUCGUCGGAAGAGAAGCGGCGAGCGGCCGACCUGUGCGUGCAGCAGCUGAUGCCGCACUUCAAAGCCGGCCGCAUCGCCUCCAAGAGCCAGUUCAAGGCACUGGCUCGGAGGCUGGCGCACAAGUGCCUGCUGAAUCAUGCCGCUGUUGAUGAGACAAAAUGCCAAGCCGUCGUGGAGAAGGCGCUGCGGAACCUGCCUGCAAUGUAGAAGCCGAGGGACCAUGCCUGUGCGUAUCCAGCAUCGAGGCGUCAUGUGACAAGUGUACAGGUACACUGUGAUAGUCGUGUUCGGAUCGAACGUGGCGCAUGAUAAGACGCGUGUCUUGUUCCAGGAUUUUGAAUUCAAGGCGUGUCGUGAGCGUGAUGCUGGUUUGGAAUGAUUGGAGGAACUUCCAGGCGGGCUUGGAAUGGUUCCAUGUUCGCUGGUCGACACAAAUAAAUGCUGCUGUUCUUUCUCUCAUGCAUAUUUGAGUUGAUCAACGUACGGUGGUCUUCAGCACCAUACGCUACACUGUGUAAGUGUUAUAAACGAACCGUGUCGCUUUGCCUUGUCUUAAGUGUUAGGCGUUGGUUACACUUGUAUCUGGCUCGGGAAGUUAUACACGACGACU